UGCGAUGUUCUCACGUCAAAUGGUACCUUAGCCACAUGUCGGAACGGACUAAUGCCCGCGAAUGCCUACCCCCUAGGGCGUCGCGAGGAAACCUGACUAUGUCGUGUUCAGCGAGAAGCCUGGACGGCGGGUUGCGGACUAUCAAAUCGGUAUGCUGCCAUGUCUUGCAGCGUGUCAGGGGUUAGCGUUGACGGGGCCUCCGAGUUCGAGCACUGAGCAAUUGCCCGAGACCUGAAUGGCCAGCCAGCCCAGUGCAAAAUGGAAGUGCAUCAGGUAUGGACGACAUUGAGCGCCUUCCCUCAAUAACGGCGAGGCGUACCUUCCAAGGUUGCGUUCUAGCUGGUCUGGCGCAGCUGCAAUUUGUGACCCGCGGCAGGCACAGCAAGGCAUGGCAGUUACCUUAUGGCCAGGGGACCUUCCUCUUCUUGACGACGAGGAGGAUGAUGGCCGACGUCCACGGCAAGACUGACCGGUGCAAAACACAGCAGGCACGCUCUCUGAGGUCUGGCACAUUAAAAAUCCCACCUGGAGGAACUGGACCGACUUCCCGCUCCCGUCGACUCUAUUUUUCAAGCUGGAUUCGAGCUUCAUCUGAUUAUCAUUCCACCCGCAUCAUUUCAAAUCCUGCAUUGCUACCAAUAUUGACCCUGUCUGACAACGACCAUGGCUGCUCUCGCCGCCAUUCUCGCCCUUCCGCUGGUCUCAGCCAGCUUAGCACCACCCCAACAAAAAGUCCAUGUGUGGUCGUCGGCAUCGUAGGUCAUGCACGGCGAACACACACCUCAAACAUCCUCGACGCCAGCCACUCUCACUCAGCGUGGGGCCCAACAGAUGUACGCACUUGGAGGCGUGUUCCGCAACCGAUAUUUCGCGCAACCAGGUUGCCGGGGGGGUGCUGUGAACCGCUGCUACAGCUUUGCACCCAUCGAGGGUAUCAAGCCCAACGACGUCAACAGUUCUCAGUUCACAGUCCUGGCUCCCACGGAGAACUACACCGUUGCUAGCGCUGAGUGGUUCUUGAAAGGCCUCUAUUCACACUCAGCAGGAGCAUUCUACGGCUGCUCAGAGUCAAGUGAUAAUGCAACGAACGGCCCCCAGGCGGGCUCUGAGAUCCAGGGUCCUGGCAUGCAGGGUGUCGGGAACCAGGCCUCGGCAUACCCUCCAAUCACGACUGUUCCUUUGGGGCAAGACCCGCGCGGCAUCAUGUGCGUAUGCCUUUCGUGGAGAUGAAUUGCAUGAUGUUUAGGACUAACAGCGAUCCUAGAGUC